CGCCUCGAUGAUACUGCUGCCAUGGUGAAAAACAGAGAGAAAGAACAACAGGAUAUUGUCCCGUCCCGGCCUGCGUGCCAACUGUGACAAAAUGUUGUUUUCUCCUUGGUUCGGGGAUUCUUGUCGGCUUUUACUUGUCUUGGGUGAGCCUGAAAACAUUGAGAUGUUUUUAAAAUUCUUCUCGUUCGUGUGGAAACCUUGAGUCUCUAGGAGCAAGGUGGUGUCCCAUGCCCUGGUGCAAACAUUCCUGUCCUGGGGGAUGAUUCUCUGAGUCAUCAGAGGAAAAGAAGCGUUCUGAUGUAAAAGACAACAGGAAGGCGUUGAGCACGCUGUGUGCCAGCAGGACACCUGCAGAGCUGCCGCAGGGGUGGAAGUGAGCCACAGGCUGCAUGAGGAGCGCUGAGAAAACUGCACGGCUGCACAAAUCUGACGCCAAACCAGGGCUCUAUUUUUGGUCUCCGCUCUGCGUUUGUGACACCUGUAGGGCUGCGUGAAGUGCACAAGAGACUUGUGCAGCACCUCCCGGAGCGGAGGAGCCGCCGCAGGGCACGGGAGCGCAGCGGAGCGUUCUUGCUUAGCCAACAGGACUAAUUAUAACCCGGGAAUAUGAACUGUACAUGUGCUGAAGCUGCCAAGACGGGAGCUGGGUGUGUGCCAGCGCUCGAAUGAGGACACACCACCCUGUCAGGACUCUCCGGGAGCAGCAGGCAGCGCCGAGGUACGCUCGGAGCCCCACGCAGGGAGCCGGACACAUGCGGGCACGGCAGGAGCACGGUAUACUUAUCAGAUGCAUUCCAUGACCUCUACCAGUGAACCUUCACAAGCAAUUCCUUUCUAAGCUCACUCUAGGAACUGCAUCUUGGUCCUUGUACUGCUCAAACUCCCAGAGAAAUACCCUUGAUAAGACCUUAUUACCUACUGAGAAAUACAAUGACUGAGUUCCUGGUUUGUUUUAAUUGGUGCAAUGGUGAACAGCCCCCACCGAAGAGGCGUCGGAGGCUGGACCGGAAUAUGAUAGGAGAGCCAAUGAACUUUGUACACACCGCACACGUCGGGGCCAGGGAGAUGAGUAGUGACUAUUCCUCAGCUGUGUCAAUUCAGGACCACAUGAAGUCUAAAGGUGGCUACACAAAUGGCACUUCUGCAACUGUUGAAAUAUAGAAACUGAGAGAAGGGUGAAGUCUGCUCUGUCUGAUGAGGACCCCCUGGACUGUGCUUUCAUGUUCUCUAAAACCUUAUUAUCAUGGAGUAGGGAGGGUACCUGAAUUAUAAAUAGGUCAGUACAAGCUUUGGUGUUCUUUGCACAAUAUCUUCUGAAGGAGUUACUGUAAAUUAUCCUUAGAAUGGUCUGUCAUGGUAGUGUUGUAGUAGCAACUGUAAUUUGUGACUGUGGGUGACUUCCUAGCUCUGUCCCAAAAGCCUCUCAAAGCUGUCAUAAAAUGGGAUUGGAAGUCAAUAUGAAUUGUCUGGGAUUUUGGCAUCUGUCUUUUUCUCCUCUCAGGAAAUGCAGAGGAGAUUUAAUUGGAAGGUAUUGCAUGAUUUCACUUCUUACAUGGGCUAAGCUGAGUUGCUAAGUACGACCUUGUAGCUGUCAGAUAAAUUUUGGAUCUGUUUUUUUAGAUGCUUUACAACCUAAUGCAUAAAUUUUUGGUAUUUUUUAAUGCCUUUUGAUAGUGAAUGAACUCUAAUGUAGGAUAGUUAGCUGAGUCUGCAAAACAGUGAAACUUCUGCCUUGCCAAGAUAACACUUUUGUGUCUAAAAAUGGAGCUUCUGCAAACAUUCUGACUCUCAAAUGAGACUUAGAACAACUCAGUGACUGGGCUGCCUCCCACCCAUGCACACACACUGCUGUGACUGGCAGCUAUUGCUGCAACACAGCUAAUUGUACCUACCAGUUAACUUCCAGUGGUGCUACAAUGUGCUCACAACUGUGUGUUAGUUUUGCAUGACUACUGUUGAAUUUUAAACUAAACGUAUUUAAGAUCCCUCUCUUUGUUACCUCUCUGUAACAGUAACCACGCAGAACUUCAAGGGAUAUCUUGCUUGUAUUUCUGGCUCCUUAAUUUCAAGAUAUCUGUUUUAUAUGAAAUUAAUAUUUUCUUGCAUGUGGUGUAAGUGAUACAGCCAUGUGAAGGACACACAUUUAAAGAAUAUUGUGAAAAUUUGCAGGAGUAUUAAAUGGAAACAGCAUUUUGCAGAGUUCCAGCACUUCAUAAAUAUUUAAAUAAAUAUCCAUAAAUAUUUAGACAUACUCAAACUACAGUUUAUGACUUAGUUCUUAUUCAUCUUUCUAUUAAGUGACAUGACAAAACUGCUGAAGCGGAGCUAGGUUAUUCUCAUACCCAAUCACUGACAAUUGUUCCCCAGCUCAAAAUUCUGUAUGACUGCCACUGUGGAAACAGGAAAUCUGUUUGCUCUCAUGGGACUAACUAAUUAUGAGUGUUUAAAUUGCUGCCAUAUCAGCACAAGUUAUGCUGGAAGUCAGCAAACUGUCCUUGUUCUAGGCAGAAGAUUAGUUAUGAACUUUUUUCCAUUAAAAAAAAAAAUUAUAGCUGGACAUUUUUUAACAUGUAUGAUUCUGUUUGUAGUUGUGAUGAUUAAAUCUAGGUGCUGGCUUUGCUGAAUUGUUAGGCUGUGUUUUCUGAGUAUACUAGGGAACUUAAAAUAUGAAUGAUAGCUCUGUGUUUCUGUAUAUACUCAAAAAACCCACCUUUUACCCUCCCCCAUAUUUUAUCUUUUAGGUCCAAAAAGGAAGAGGGAGUAUUGCUUUCUGUAACAGUCAACAGCUGAUCAUAACGCUCUGUACCCACAUAAGAGAAAUUUAAUAUCCAUGUCUUGCUAGAUCCUUACUCUUGAAUUGGAAUGCACACUAAAUUUUAAUAUAUUUUAAAAUUCACGUAGUUAAUUUAGUACAUUUAGCUUUUGCAAGUCUUUUACAUUUCUGUCUUCUAACUUGAGAUAUACUCUAACAGCCUAGUUAAGAUACAGAGUUUAAAGAAGCUAAAUCCUGUGUAAUGUUGAGGAAACAAAAGGUGGCCAAGUUAUUUGAAAGAAUGGAUUCUAAUUCAUCUACUAUUAUACAGAGUGAAUGCAUUCAGUCAUCUAUACCUGCCCAGAAAAAAUGGUGAUAGGGCAGUUGUCAUGAAGAAAAGGGGCUGUGUUUUGGUAUAAGAAAACACAUUGAACAAAAGUUAGGGUUUCUUGAAGACCCAUGCAGCAGGUUUAAAAUCAGUGGUGUAACUAGGAAUAAAGGAGUUGUUGAAUAUUUCAGUUCUUCUCUCUAAAAAGAAAUGAACAGAAAAUUUGUUAUUAAACACUUACUUGGAGAAAAA